GGUGUCCUUAAAGCUAAACUGGACGGCCAUUUUGUUGAUAAUUAAUAGCGAAAAAGUUGGCUUUUCGUUGUCUUUGGAUAUGUUUAAAUUGUAUAAAUACUGUAUUUGAAUGAAUUACAGUCUAUUUUCUCAAAUGAUCAAUCUGUAUUUUUAAUCAAAAGCCUCCGGGUCGACUUUGUUAGCACUUCGUUGCCCUCCAUCUGACGCGUGGACGUGAUAUAGUUAGUGAGUUUGGCGGCUUUAAUAAAUUCAGGUGGUACAAGCAUUGUGAAAAAUUUUAAAUGGAACAAUUGGGAAUUCAAUUUAUAACUGAAAGUGAUCAAAGUGGUUUGAGCUCUGAGCAUGACGUUGGCAAGUUAAGUUAUAACACAUAUAGCGACUCAUCAGAAAAUGUUCAAACAUUCGUUCAGUCGGCCUAUACGUUCCAAACCCUUCCCUUAGUAACAAGCGCCCAGGAGGUACAAAUUCAUUAUUCGCCAGUGCUAAGCCAACAUGUGGAGCCUCUUCUAUGCACAAAUCCCGAAUUAGAAUUACAGAACGAUGAAAUAAUUAAAAAAGGAAAGAAAAAGAAAGGAGAGAAAUUUUCUUGUGAAAUAUGUGGUUCUCAAUACAGUCAGAAAGGAAUAUUAACUCUCCAUAUGAGAUUACAUACUGGUCAAAGUGCCCUACAGUGUAAUAUCUGCGAAAAAAGAUUUUUACAAAAAGUUCAUUUAAAUGCUCAUAUGAGAACACAUACUGGUGAAAGACCAUAUGAAUGUAAAACAUGUCAGAAAUUUUUUAAAACAAUGGAUUCGUUGAAGAAGCAUCAGUUACAGCAUACUGGAAAAAAGCCAUUUGUUUGCUCUUAUUGCGGAGAGUCAUUCCGACAAAAAGUACAGAUGCAAGUUCACGUUCGCCGCUUUCACACAAACGAAAGGCCCUGGACAUGUGAGGAUUGCGGAAAAUCAUUCUUAACGAGACAGCACGUUCUUAAUCACAAAAGACAAGUUCAUGCUCCACCCUCGGUUCCAUGUCCAAUUUGCGGUCGCCCUUUUUCAGAUGAUAGACACAUGAAACGACACAUGGAUACACAUCUUGCCGAAUAUGAAAGACAAUAUGAAUGCAACGUUUGCAAGAAAAGAUUAGCCUCUAAGGAAUCGUUAAACAAGCAUUAUAAAAUUCAUGAUACAACUUUAAAAUAUCAGUGUCAGCAUUGUGGUACAACUUUUCGAGCUUCUAGUUCUCUAAGAUCUCAUAUUAAAAGAACCCACUCAGUUACAUCGACAGCUCCUCCCUCUCAAGCUGCUUUUGAUGAUGAUCGAAAAUACAACAGAUGUUGUUUUUGUUCCAAAUUUUUUUCAGAUAGCAAUCUACUAAAAUCCCACAUAUUACUAGUUCACAGGAGUGAAGAAAGCGUUUCAUGUGAAGAAUGUGGAAAAUCUUUAGAAUCUCGAUAUCAUCUAAGCAAUCAUAGAAAACGUUGCGUUAAAAAUAAUUCAUCGGCUAUCUUCGAAUGUUGCGUAUGUCUUAUGACGUUUGACGAUAUUCAUAUUUAUGCCGUCCACUAUCUAUCUCAUACACCAGACGGUGCACUGAUACCUUGUCCUUGGUGCUCUCAACUUCUCCCCGAUAUCGCUCCAUUUAUAGACCAUCAAUUAGAGCACCAGAAUGGUGAUAAUGAAAGACCGUUUGAAUGCGGAAAUUGCGGUUCGAAGUUUUCUACAAGAGCUCGUCUAGAUCAACAUGUUGUUAAAGGUUGUAAUAAAAGAAAAAAUUCAAAGAAAAAGAAAAAUAAAGCAAAAUCGGAUGAAGAUAUUAUCCUUUUAGAUGUUAAUGCUCAAAUUGAACUGGAAGAAAUAAGUGUUGACGAUCUAAUGGAAGAAUUAAGAAUUAGGUGUUCUACUGAAGGUACUACAAGAAUCUGUUGGUGUGGUUGUUUAUUUAAUGAUCUACAAUUGUACGAAACUCACGUCAAAUGCCAUGAUGAAAUGGAUCCUCUUCACUGCUCCUUUUGCAAUCAUUACAGUUCUUCUUGGCCAGAUUUCUUUUGCCAUUUAUCAUUUCAUGAUAAAUAA